GCCUCACAGAUUGGAAGCAAACCUACGGGUAAAGAAGUUGAGCCUCAUGUCGAAGAUCUUUCGUCCUGUUUCCUGAACUGGAGAGAAAUAGCGAGCCGGAGCUUCUCGAUUAAAGGAUUCGAGUGACAUUCGGAGAUGAAUCAAACGGUUCAUGCUACCACCAACCCAGGGACUGCUGUCCAACCAACCAACAGCACUCAGAUAGCGACCACAGAAAGCAGCAGCUUGAUUGAUGGUCUGCUCAAUAAAAUUCCCUUGCCACGAUGGGCUAUUUAUGCCAUAGCGGCAGCCAUAGGCCUCGUGUUCCUCAUCUGCAUCAUCUGCAUCAUUGCCAAAUGUUGCUGCAAGAAGAAGAAGAAAAAGAAGAAGGAGCAGCUCAACCUGAAGAGCAUAAAUGGCUCUACCACCACCAGCCUGGUGCAGCCGGAUAUAGACGAUCUGGAAGGAUCUCGAUGUCCGGGAAAAUUACAAUAUUCCUUGGAUUACGACAUGAUAAAGAAAUCGCUUUCUGUCGGAAUUCUAAAGGCACAGGAUCUGAUGUCAAUGGACAUCUUAGGAAGCUCUGAUCCAUACGUCAUUGUCUACCUCGAUCCGGAGAAAAGGCCAACAUUUGAAACCAAGGUUCACCGGAAUAACCUGAACCCCACCUUUAAUGAACGCUUUGAUUUCAAGCUCAAUUGGGAAGAGCGUGAGACGAAGACGGUGGUGAUGCAAGUGUACGACUCCAACAGGUUCUCCAAGCACGGCAUCAUCGGUGAAAUACGAGUCCCACUCAAAACCUUCGAUCCCACUCACGUGAUCGAAGAAUGGCGGGAUCUGACUGGAGCAAAGGAUGAGCCAGACAAACUUGGUGAGAUCUGCUUCUCCCUACGUUACGUGCCUACGUCUAACAAGCUGACAGUGGUCAUCCUGGAAGCUAAAAACCUGAAAGUGAUGGACAAAGAUGGUGCAUCAGACCCUUUCAUUAAGAUACAUCUGGUUGAAGACAAGAAAAAAAUCAAGUCGAAGAAGACAAGUGUGAAGAAGAACACUUUGAACCCAUAUUACAAUGAGUCCUUCAAUUUCACUGUAACAUUUGAACAAAUACAGACGGUGAGGUUGGUGAUCUCCGUGUGGGAUCACGACAAGAUGAGCAAGAACGAUGCCAUCGGGAAGCUUUUCCUGGGCUGCAAUGCCACCGGCAACCAGCUGCAGCACUGGUCAGACAUGCUGGCCAACCCAAGGAGACCCAUCGCUCAGUGGCACUCUCUCCAGUCCAUGGAGGAGGUGAACAGUUCGCUCAAACUAAAGUCUCGUUAUCUUCCUUUCUGACGCCUCUUGCAUGCAGCUACCUAUUACCUAUUUAUGACAGCUCUUACAAUUCCGUGCUGAAGCCUCAGGAGCUGAGAGGAGGGAGCCGCGAGGUAUUCCAAUCACCUUCCGAACUACAACACCAGCAGAAACCUGGACAAGUCGGACCCGCACAGUCAUCUCGCGCAGCCUGUCCAUCUCACGCCGGGCACCUCUAACAACGCACUCCCCCAGCACUGCACUGAAGUGUCAGCCCAUGCUAUCAGCUCAAAGUCCCAACACGGGGAUUGAACCCAUGACCUUCUGACUUAGAGGAGAGACUGCUGCCAACUCUGCUAGGCUGUCAGCUACAAAUUAGCUCUUGAUAAGAUUGAGAUGGUAUCUGCAGUUGAGUUUUAGCAAGUAACAGGAAGCAGCCUCAGAAUUCUUCAGAUAAGCAAACUCAGAUCAACAGAUUCAAGAUAGAAGUAGAUAAAUAUUUGUUAGGUCAGGAUAAUAAGGGAUAUGGGGCAA